AUGUCUAUUUCAGAGACCUAUGCUUAGAAAAUUCCAAACAUAUUUGAAAUCAAUACUCUUCUUAUGAUAACUUUCAUCUUGUUAUUUGUCUGGAGAAUUAUUACCUUGAAAAAUAAAUCAUUUACAAAUCCACUCAGAAUAUUUGCUAUUGCUACUUUGAAAUUAAUUCACUAUCUUUCAUCACUUUAUAGUCUUAUCAUGUUUUCAUUUUUGAUGUAAGUUUCCUUCAUAUCACAAGUUCAUACGUGGCAGAUUAAUUGGCUUUUAAGAAUUUUAACAAAAUUAAACUUACUCAAUUCUUCUUUGUCAUCAUAAUCUUCUUUUGGGGAACAGAUAUUAACUUAUAUUAACUUACCCUUGUAACCCUUAUUGAAAAAGCUACUAAAAAACUUAUUUAAUCUUAUUCCAUUUAAAAAGAAGAUGAGAUCUCAACCAUUUUAUCCUAUGUUUUAGCUCUAGCAAUAAUCCUUACAAUAUCUAUCUAUGAAGUAUUAUCAUCCUUCUAAUUCAAUAGAUUUUUGCAUCAGAAGAAGUAGAAGCAUUCAAUAUUCUGGAUUUCCCUAUGCUUAAUUUGUUAAUGAUAAUCUUAUUCUUUUUGGCUCUCUAAAAGAUAACCUAUAACAUUACUAAAGAAUAACAUAAUAAAUUUAUAGGCCUUAUUAUGUGUCUCUUAUUUUUGAUAUAUGAACUCAAGAUCAAAAUCUUUGAUCGUUUCAAUCAUUAAGUGAUGUGGAUUAGUCUAAUUGUCUUAGCUACUCUAAACCUUUUUGAAAAUUCAGAACUAGAAUCAUAAUUAGUCUAAACUAAUCCAAUAUUUUUAGAUAAUGAAAUAUCAUUCUAAGCUUUCUUAAAUCAUUUAUCAAGUAAUUAAGAUUCCAAGAAAUUGAUGAUUCAACUCUCUCUUAAUUUUUCCUUUAUGUUUGUUGAAUUAAUCUAUGGUUGGAUUAGUAAUAGUUUAGGAUUGAUUACAGAUUCAUUACAUAUGCUUAUUGAUUCAAGUGCCUUAGCCAUAGCCUUAUUUGCCAGUUUUAUGGCUAAAAGAAAAGCUAAUUCAACAUACACAUUUGGAUAUGAGAGAGUAGAAAUAUUAUCUGGAUAUGCUAAUGGUGUAUUCCUAUUAUUUGCAGUUGUUGAAAUCAUCUCAGAAUCUUUUGAAAGAGUUAUAACUCCUUAAGAAGUACUUCCUGAAAAAAUGCUGGUUGUAUCAUUCCUUGGGUUGCUAGUUAAUAUUAUUGGAUUAUUUUUCUUUCAUAAUCAUGGACAUAUACAUUCAGAAGAAGUUGAUGAACAAUUGGAAGAAAAACACCAUCAUCAUUGUUCUCAUCAUCAUGAUCAUAAUCAUAAUUUAUCUGGUGUAUACUUACACAUUCUUGCUGAUGCUUUAGGUAGUGUUGCAUGCAUCAUUUCUGCUUUGCUAAUAUAUUACUAUUAAUUUCAUAUGGCUGAUCCUAUAGCCUCUAUCAUUAUUUCAUUACUCAUUCUUACCACCACAAUUACCUUACUUAAAGAUACUAGUAAAAUAUUAUUGAUGCAUGUACCUUAUUCCGGAAAAAAGGUUCUUGAAGCUAUUUCUCAUGAUGUAAAUAAUGUAAUUAAUUAUUUAGCUUAAACAUCGAAGCUUUGAACCUCAAGAAAUGAAAUUAUGGUAAUACAAAGAGAAAAAAUUAGUUUUUACUGCCAGGUUUAAAAUUAAGUAAGAAGAUGAAGCUUAAAUUAAUUCAGAAAUAGAUGAUAUUCUUUCAAAGCAUAAAGAGGUUGUAAUUAAUGCAAUUGAUUUUGAUUAUGUUGACUGA